AUGCCUGGUGACACACGAUGGCUCCAUCUCUCUUCCAGGAAGAAAUUACCAUAUACUGAACGACAAUUUUCAAAAUCUGCUUCAAUUUCCAAUUGUUCUGCAUCAAAAACUAUGUCUGCUGCUACCGGCGAUCUCAACGAAACUCAACUCUCCACCUCCUUUUCCUCUACAGAUUCAUCAAAAUCAUGCCGACACUUUGAGUUUCCUGAGAUUCUCUUAGCAACCAAUAACUUUGAUGAAUCAUUAGUAAUUGGGCAUGGAGGGUUUGGAAAAGUUUACAAAGGUAACAUUAUUAAUGGAUCAAUUGUUUCUGUUGCUGCCUUUAAACGGUUGGAUUCUAUGUCCAGUCAAGGUGCAACAGAGUUCUGGGCAGAAGUUGAGAUGCUUUCAAAUUUGCGUCACUGUCACCUUGUAUCCUUGUUUGGUUAUUGUAAUCAUGAAAAUGAAAUGAUCCUUGUAUAUGAAUAUAUGCCAAAUGGAACACUAGAAGACCACCUCCAUAAACUCGGUACCCCUCUUUCUUGGCUUCAACGACUCAAGAUCUGCAUCAGUGCAGCUCGUGGGUUAGACUAUCUCCACACGGGUACAGGGAUUGAUGUUGGGGUUAUACAUCGUGAUGUCAAGAGCUCCAAUAUUUUGUUGCAUGAAAGUUGGGCAGCUAAAAUUUCAGAUUUUGGGUUGUCCAAAAUAGGUCCAACAAAUCAGCCAUUGACUCAUGUGCACACACUUGUUAGAGGAACUUUUGGGUAUCUAGAUCCAGAUUAUUCCUUCACAGGAAGGUUGACAAGGAAGUCUGAUGUCUAUGCUUUUGGGGUGGUAUUGCUGGAAGUGCUUUGUCGUAAGCGUGCAGUGGAUGAAAGCCUUGGUGAAGAGCAAUGGAAUUUAGCAAGAUGGGUACAAGAAUCUAUCAAAGAAGGCAAUUUAAAGCAUAUAAUUGACAACGACAUAAGGGGUGAAAUCUCUCCAAAGUGUUUAAAAGAGUUUGUUCGAAUUGCAGAGAGAUGUUUGCUCAGCAAUCCAAAGCAGCGCCCGAUGAUGGCUGAGGCUACAGACAAAACAAUAUUUGGAAAAUUGCUUGAUAUGUUUCCCUUCGCCUCCAAAGGAGAGAACUCUGCCCAUGGCGAUUCAAAGCCAUCAAGUAAUAUAAAAGACACCAGUAAUAGAAAUGCUGAUGAUAGUGUACCUGUUGACAACAAAGAUUCCACAAGAACUGUUCCAAAAUUAUUUGAAGUAUAUAAGUUUGAUGAUUUAGAAGUGGCUACACAAAACUUCUCGUUCCUAUGUCAUGGUUCUCGAGACUUAUUCAUAGGUUGGGUUGACAAGAACACAUUCACACCUUCACUUUGGGGGAUGGGAAUUGAAGUUGCUGUUAAAUGGUAUAGUGAACUUCAGCCAAAGUGCCAGAGAGUGGUAAACGCCUUAGGACGGUUGUCUCAUCCAAAUAUUAUUCGUCUCUUGGGAUACUCCAUCGAUAAACAACCCCAAUGCUUGCUAGUUUAUGAGUACAUGCAGCAACAAAAUUUUGGUCACUUCUUAUUCGGAGAAGAUAUCGGCAGACCGCUUUCUUGGGAAAGACGACUCUUGAUAAUAAUAGGAGUAGUCCGAGGGCUCGCUUAUAUGCAUUCAUCAAUAAAUGAAGUCAUACAUUGUGAUGUGAAGUCCUCUAAUAUUUUUCUUGAUAAGGAUUUUAAUGCAAAACUUGGGGGUUUUGGGAGGGCACUAGUUGGCCGUGAUAUCGGGAACCCACAUGUUGCUGGCACCUUUGGUUAUUUAGACCCAACUUAUAUUUUUACGCAUUGCUUUACUGCGCGGAGUGACAUCUAUAGUUUUGGUGUGGUAAUGCUGGAAACCCUAACAGGCCAACGGGCAUAUGACAUGAAGCAGCUUAAUCAUGACCGGUAUUUGACAAAAUGGGCAAUUCCAUUCUUCGCAGAUACAAUCAAGCUAAAGCAAAUAAUGGAUCCCCACCUUGAACAAAAUUACUCCAUUGAAGGAGCUUUCGAAUGCGCAAAACUUGCAGCAAGAUGUGUAGCUGAGGAUCCGAAAGAUAGGCCUUCAAGUGAAGAAGUUUUGCGGGGGUUGGAACAAAUAUAUGCAGCGACCAAAUAACAAUAAAAGAUAUAAUUUAUGCUUAGAACUUGGUUUCUUUAGAUGAAUACUAAAAGAACAUGAAUGGUUAUUAUGUUUACACCAUAUAGCUUUUCUUCGUUCUAAACAUUACAUCUCUAUCGUAAAAAAAAUUGUAAACUGCACCAUCUUAGUAGCCCAAGCCAACCCGUCCCAAGGCCUACGUAGGAGAUUAAUCAAGGAACUUUAAUAAUAUUUUAGGUGUGUCAAGAUUUGAACCAUAUACCUCCUAUAUGCAAU